AUGGGUUUUGACAUUAAAAGUAGGACAGAAUCUAACAAGAAUAAGGGCACCAUGAUUUCAGAAAUUGAAGGACAUUCAUUGUUAUAUCCAAGCAAAGAAUUUACUUCCUCCCGUGUUUUAAAUGGUAAUAAUAAUAAUAAAUCGAAGGAGGUAUGUUUAUUUUCGAUAAAUUCUUUUGCACAUAAUUUAAAUGCCAGUCUAUCGCAGGAUUUUAAUAAAGAAGCUAAUACUACGCUUCCGUAUGAUAUUGGAAAUUGUUAUAAUUCACAAACCAACAGUUCAGUUUUGCCCAAAUCACACCUUAGGCCGAUUUUAGGCAUCCAGAUUCAUGGAGUUCGAGGUCGUGCAUUAAUAGAUACUGCAGCGAAGAGAAGUAUAGCCGGUUGUCAGCUGUACUCUCUACUAAGGGAAUACAAACAGCCCUCCACUAGUACUUCAAUGCGUGUUAAACUAGCGGAUGGUUCGAUUAAAAUACGCCAGGUACUAAUAACGAAUUUACAGGUAAAUAUAAAACCUGGAAAGCAAGUCGCACUUGAUUUUGUUGUUUUACCAGGCGCUGAAAAUAAUGAAACCUUGUUAGGAAUAGAUUUCCUUACAGCAGUAGGAAUUUGUAUAGAUUUUGCUGUCUCCACCUGGAAAUUUUCGGACGACCCAAAAUUGUAUCCACUGGAGUUUGAACCUUUAAGCCAUUUUGAGUCUUGUGCCUCUGCAGAUUUUCUUCGUGGGAAUGAAGCUAUAAUGCUUAACCCUGAAGACCGUUAUAGAUUAGGUAACCUGCUGAAAGAGAAUUCAGACAUCUUUAGUCUAGGGGGAGCGUGCACAACAUAUGCUGAACAUUAUAUUGAUACUGGUGAUCAUCCUCCUAUAUCCGUCCCGCCUUACCGGUUGACACCAGCCAAGAAAGAGAUUAUGAAAGCAGAAUUGGAGAAAAUGUUGCAAGAAGGGAUAAUCGAAGAAUGCGAAUCCGCGUGA